AUGACUCAAGAACUGGAACGAAUUUUCGCAGACUUGGGCUUGUCCCAAUAUCUCAAUGCAUUUAUUGACCAAGGCUUUGAUGCUUGGGACACUAUUCUUGAUAUCCAAGAGUCUGACCUAGAUGCCCUGGGUGUCAAAUUAGGCCAUCGAAGAAAGUUGCAACGGCGUAUCGCAAAUGCGAGGGGGAUUGCGCCUAGUGUAUCAUUGAGCUCGUCUGUUAAGCCGGGAUCCGAUGAAUCAAAGCAAGACGAGGUGAAGCGAGAUUCGUCCCGAACUGUCGCCGAGUCCAAUGGCGUCACCAAGAGGAAAUACCGACGGCAUCCCAAGCCAGAUGAAAAUUCCCCCGAGAGACCGCCGUCGGCAUAUGUUUUGUUCUCAAACAGAAUGAGAGAAACCCUCAAAGACCACAAUCUCACAUUCACAGAGAUUGCUAAGUUAGUAGGAGAAAACUGGCAGAGCCUCCAACCUGAAGAAAAGGACGUUUUUGAGAGCCAGGCCAAUGCCGCGAAAGAGAAAUAUAAUCGAGAAUUGACAGAAUACAAGAAGACCCCGGAAUAUCGCAAGUAUUCGCAGUAUCUCCAUGACUUCAAAGAGAGACAGGCCAAGCAAUAUAAAGGGCAAGAUGGUUCGAAGAGAGCCAAGGUUGAGCCUGCCAGACUGCGUCAUGGUAGUACGAGUAGCAGUGCAACACCAAACACCACAAACUCCAGCGCCAGUGGUAGCAACAGCGAGCGCCUUCGGGGUAGUGAACCGCCACCAACACGACGAGAAUGUGUAGAUUCCACAACAUCGCUUGCCGAAUCGCCUCAUUCUUCGGCUGCACCAACGCCAAUGUCGGCCCAGAAUUCGUAUGAUGACGCUGGACCAUCUCCACGGGCAAUGCAGUUCGAUAACGGGAGCCCAACAGAUGCUCAUCAGCCUUCCCGGCAUCAGCCCACGAUGCGUGGGAGAGGUCGGGCUGAUUCAAUGCAACAACACCUGCCAUCCCUUUCCGACAUGUUAGAUGCUAGACAAAAGGCGAUUGUUCACCCGGUUGCUGACGGGCUCUCGUACCCUAGUCGACCAGCAAAUAGCUCCACGCGUACGUCUCUUGAUAGUGCAUCUCUUCUCUCUGCGGGGCGAACUCCUACCUUGAGGCACGAGUCCUCAUCGAAUGGCACAAAUAUAUCAGGCAGUUCGAUGGGGAGUUUUGGUCGACCACCGGGGGAAGGUCCGUUACCAAUUCAUGCUUUGCUCUCGGAUCGCACCUUGGUUGGAUCUUCAGUCCAUGAACAACAACCCAACCCAAUUCUUAACGGCGCUACUGGUCCCAUGAAUACGCAGCAGUCUCUCGUUGGCUUUGCCCAUGGUCCCAGCGGUUAUGGCUUUCAAUCCGACUCAUCGCCGUUCCAUCACAUGAGGGUCGAACAGUCGAGUGAAGGAGACGUGGUCAUGACAACUGAUGAGACGCUGGCGCCACAAAGGCAAUCUCGCGGAACAAAGGAUAACCUCGACGGUAUGAAUGCUCUAUUGCGAGCUGGCGAAAUUGUUGGACGUGGUGAGCGGCGGUAA